AUGAGCAAUCUUGUAACUUCUAACUCAUCCUCCACUGCAACCGAUUCCACCACCGAAAGGCUAAAUAUCCACCACCGAAAGGCGGCGGAGCACCAUCACCACCAGUCUUUGUUGCCUGGACUUCCAGACCAUAUAGCCCAACUUUGCCUUUUUUUGGUCCAUCCUUCAAUUCUCUACUCCGUUUGCCGUUCUUGGCGUCGCCUUAUCUAUUCACCAUCUUUUCCUCCUUUUCUAUCUAUUUACACUCUCUUGAUAUCCACGCAAAAUCAAGACAACUCCAUUGAAUACUCCUCCUUUGAUCCCAUUUCAAAUAAGUGGUGGUCAUUUCCUCCUCCGCCGCCUGACCCUCCACUCCGCUUCCUCCUCCGCCACUGCUCCUUCAUUUCACGUAAAUUUCCUAUACAAUCUGUUUCUGUUUCCGGCAACUUAGUCCUCCUCGCAGCCACAACCGACGAAUUCCUCCCCGCCCUCUCGAGGCCACUCAUUUUCAAUCCCUUGAUACAGAAAUGGACCUACGGUCCCCCACUAUUCACUCCACGGCGGUGGUGCGCCGCUGGAGCCUCUGGCGAUGUCGUAUACGUUGUGAGUGGAAUUGGGUCCCACUACAGCACUGAGGUUGCUCGAUCUGUCGAAAAAUGGAACCUCCAUAACAAUAAUAACAGCCAUUUGAGCCACAAAAAAUUAUGGGGUUUUGAAAAUGAUUGGAGUUGGGAAAGAAUGGGAGGGCUAAAACAUGGAAAAUUCAGUCGAGACGCCAUCGAUGCCAUAGGAUGGAGAGGGAAGCUUUGCAUGGUGAACGUGAAGGGCAAAGCGGCCAAGGAAGGCGCAAUAUACGAUGUACAAACCGACGUAUGGGAGGAGAUGCCGGAGGGAAUGUUGGCGGGAUGGUGGGGUCCAGCAGCGGCGAUGGAGGAGGACACCAUAUACAUGGUGGAUGAAUCAAAAGGUGCAUUGAGAAAAUAUGAUCAUGGGAGGGACAAAUGGGUGUUGAUUUUGGAAAGUGGAGUGCUUAAAGGGGCGCAGCAAAUGGCGGCUGGAGGUGGUAGAGUGUGUGUAGUAAGAGGGGACGGCAUCGGCAUUGUGGUGGUUGAUGUGGUGGCGCCGCCUUAUAGAUUUUGGAUUGUUGAUACUCCCCCAGGGUUACAAGCUGUUACUAUAAAUAUAUUGCCAAGAUUGUCACCGUGA